AUGAAUCAUUUGACUAGACCCAGUAAUGACUAUAAUGUCAACAUUAUUAGGAUUCCAAUGCACCCAAAUCCUACCAUUGUCUUGAUACAUGUAAUUAUCCCCUUAGCAGGAUUCCUAUUAUCGUUCGACACAUCCACCCAUAACUUCCUCACUUCAUCAGAUUUCGGAUUUAGGGUUUCAUCAGACUCCGAAAUUCCUUUAACUUUGUCAUCUACCAACUCGAUUGAACUAGCUUUCUGGCUCACGGUAUCAGGUUGCACAAUCUUAUCAAGUGGACUCAAUGGAACAAUGGUCGGAGAAGAAUGA